AUGGCCACCACAUCCGAAGUUCGCCCAGUCGUAUCAAACGAGCCCGGCAAUCUCGGUCACACACAGACAGAGAUGGCGCACAUCGAUGUACACGACAAAGCAAAGGAAGCCGAGUUGCGCAAAGGCUUCUCCUUCCUGUCGCUUCUCGGUCUCGGCUUCGCCAUCCUCAACAGCUGGACAGCCAUGGCCGCCUCUUUGAGCGUCUCUAUCAGCUCCGGUGGACCCACUGCUGUGCUCUGGGGCAUAGUUCCUGCAGGUCUGGCUACCUGGGCUAUCGCCGCCUCCCUCGGUGAAUUGCUCAGCGUCUAUCCCACGGUCGGCGGGCAAUACCACAUCAGCUAUCUCAUCGCGAAGCCAGAGCACGCGAGAGGCAUCGCUUAUGCUGCCGGGUGGUCCAUGCUCAUUGGUUGGCAAGCAUUGACUUCGACCAACGGAUCACUUGCAGGUACUCUGAUCACAGACAUCAUAGCCCUUCAAUAUGACAAUUAUGAGCUCAAGAGGUGGCAUAUCUUUCUGGUCUACGUGGUCUUCAUAGCUGGUGCUGGCCUGAUCAACAUCUUCGGCAUUGUCAUAUUGCCGCUACUCAACAAGACUGCACUGAUCUGGUCUGUCUCGGGCAUGUUUGUCAUCAUGAUCGUCGUACUUUCGACUGCUGCCGGCAACUUUCAGUCUGGCAGCUUCGUUUUCACAAAUUUCUAUAAUGCGACUGGCUGGCCGGACGGCUUCGCAUGGCAGCUUGGUCUGUUGCAGGCUGCGUUUGGUCUCACAGCUUUCGAUUCGGUUUGCCACGUUCUGGAGGAAAUCCCAAACCCCGCCCGAGAAGGUCCUCGAACGAUGGUUUACUCAAUCCUCAUUGGCGUCUUCACAUCGUUCUUUUUCUUGAUCGCAGUUCUCUUCUCACUGAACGAUUUCGAUCUCGUCACUACCGCCGCGUCUGGCCCACUACUUCAGAUCUACUACCAAGCAACAAGCAGCAAGGCUGGCGCGAUCUGUCUUCUCGUCAUAAAUAUCGGCUGUCAGGCUUUCGCUGCAACGGGAGCUGUGACCGCAGCUUCACGCGUGACGUGGAUCUGUGCUCGUGACGGGAUCAUACCUUUUGGCAACUUUUUCGGUAAGGUCAACAAGCGCCUGCAAGUUCCUGUCAAUGCCAUCGUGCUCAGUGUCUUCAUUCCGAUCAUCUUUGCUUGCAUAUUCUUAGGCUCGUCUGCCGCACUCAAUGCCAUCCUGUCGAGCAGCGUCAUUCUACUCAACAUUUCCUAUUCUAUUCCGGUAGCGAUCUUGCUUUUCAGGGGCAGAGGAGUCCUUCGACCACCAGGGGUGGGGAAAGCGCCUUUCAGCCUCGGAGAUACAUGGGGCCCGCCCAUCGCUGCCUUUGGUGUUCUCUUCAUCGUAUAUACCACCGUUUUAUUCCUUUUCCCGCCCUUCUUGCCCGUCGACGGCACAACAAUGAACUAUGCGGUUGUCGUGCUUGCCAUAGUAGCCUUGCUCGCUGCCAUCUGGUGGUUCGCCUGGGCGCGGACCCACUACGAAGGUCCGAAAGAUAUUGCGGCCUUGCUCGCUUUCGCUCGCGCAGACGGUCCGGGCAGCUCGGAUGCCGACGAGAAGGGCGAAGCGAGCUCAUUGGAAGGAGCCAAAUUGGACGAGAAGUCAGCAGUCGAUACGCCUUCCCCUGCUCACCAUACCCCACCCAAAGAGAUUAUCAAUUAG